AUGGCGGUCGCGGACAAGCUCACGUCCAUCGUCGCCGUCGACGUGCGCAUCCACCUCAGGUCGCUGCACCCCGCGGUGUCUCUGCUGGCGGUGGGCGGCAGCUAUAAGCAGAGCUGGGACGACCAGCAGCAGGUGGCGCUCGGCGAGUCCGUCGUGACCGUCGCAAGGCCACCGUCGUCGACGAGCAGCUGCAAGGAGCUUGAGUGGAUCGAGGAGCGGUGGAGUACUGGCACAAGGUGA